GAAGGGGGUGACGAUCAGACAUGGUCGGACGCUGUUCUCCCGGUCUUGGAUAUGCUCUGUGCUCUAGUUCAACCGGCUUUUGUAGUGGUACAGUGCGGAGCCGAUUGUCUGUCCACCGACCCACAUGCUAUUUUCAAUCUAACAAAUCUCGUCUCAGACGUCCCAUCCCAAGAUUGCCCCACCUCACCGGCGACAGAAUGUGGCAUCGAUGUAACCAGUGGCUAUCUCCAGGCGUUCGAACGGAUUCUGUCCUGGCGUUUGCCAACCCUAAUUCUUGGCGGGGGUGGAUACAAUUUCGCGGAUACAGCUCGUCUGUGGACGCGAUUGACUGCAUUCGUUGUGGCACAGGUGGAAAAUGUUCGGUAGGAAUGAAGUGA